UUGAGUGCGCUCUUUAAUGAUGAAAGUUGUAAAAGAAUUGGAUCGCUGAUUCGCUGGCAUGUUCUGUCUCUUCUUCGUCUGACUUUGUUGCAUUCCUGCGACCUGUCCAUUGCAGAUCACUCUCCCGCGAUCUUGUCGCGGCUAGCAGCCGCCAUUUCCUUUUCUCCGGUCGCCGCCAUAUCCGGAUGCUCGGACCCUUUUGAAGAAGAAGAAGAAGAAAGUUUUAGCUGCAAUAAGUCAGUCAAAAAAUGCUGCAAUCUCCAGCAAGGCUAGGCCUUACAAACCCAAACUCACCCUCUCUUCAGAACCCUACACCUCCCAAACUUCCCCACCAACCACCACACCACCCAACCCAGCACCAACCCUCCUCCAAUCUCUCAUCCACUGUUACCAUCACCACCACCUCCUCAACCCUCCUCUCUCUCCUCCCACCACUCCCUCGAGCCCAGUCCCUUCUCCUCCAAAUGGCCUCCUUAGCCUCCAAACUCUUUGACGUCUCACCUAAUCGGUCCAUCUGGCUCACCGCCUUUCGAGGGUCUCUCCCUACCUUUCUCUCUUCCCAAACCCAAUCACUUGCCACCACCAACCCACUUGAUUCCUCUCCUUCCUCGGCCAAAGAGAUCCUCUCACUUUUCACCCUUCUACAGACCCAGCUCUUUGAAGCAGUUGCAGAACUCCAAGAGAUUCUUGAUCUUCAGGAUGCUAAGAGGAAAGUUGCCCGCGAAAUCCAGUCCAAAGAUUCUGCUCUUCUUGUGUUUGCCCAUAAACUCAAAGAUGCUGAGCGUGUUCUUGAUAUUCUUGUUGAUGACUACUCUGAUUAUCGACGACCCAAGAGAUCCAAAUUGGAGGAGGAUGUGGAGGACGAUUCUUCUUGCACAACCACUGUUGCAUCUCAGCUCAAAUUGUCUGAUAUUUUAUCAUAUGCCCACCGGAUAAGCUACACAACCUUUGCUCCACCUGAAUUCGGUGCUGGGCAAGCUCCUCUUCGUGGGGCUCUCCCACCUGCCCCACAAGAAGAGCAAAUGCGUGCGUCACAGCUGUACAAUUUUGCUGAUCUUGAUGUUGGUUUACCUAAAGCAGUUGAAACCAAGGAGAAAACAAUCGAAGCUAUUGUUGAGCCUCCCUCUGCACAGCCAGAUGUCAAAUCACUUGCCAAUAUGACUGCAAUUCAGGGUCUGCUUCCUCCAAAUAUCACUGUUCCAUCAGGUUGGAAACCUGGGAUGCCUGUGGAAUUGCCCAUUAAUUUGCCAUUGCCCCCGCCAGGGUGGAAGCCUGGAGACCCUGUGCCAUUGCCUCCAUUUGAGUCUCUUCCCGUUCCUAGGGCUGAUGAGCAACAAUUGCGUCCCCUCGCUCCUCAACAUAAGCCACCUGAACCGAUACAGGUUCGGCAUGUUGAGCUGGAUAUUCUGGAUCAAGACGAUGACAGCAGUGAUUAUAGUAGUGAGGAUGCGAGCUCUGAGGAUGAUGAUUGACGAUCAAAAGGCUAAUGCUUGAGGUAUUUUAGGAGUGCUGUCAUACCUCUUAUGCUGUGAAAAAUCUCAUAAGUUAAACCUUUAGGGAGGUGGAUGCUGGAGAACUAUAGCUUUGGACGUGAGUGGAAUGAAAUUGGAUGUAUAAAUAAUAUAUAUUUAGUGGAAUAAAAAAAUAAUGAAAAUCGAUGCUAGACAACUGUUUGAUGCUGAAACAAUUGUUCUCCGUACUUUACAAUAUGGUGUAUUUGGACAAAUGCUUCAAAAUCUUUAACAUAAUUUUCUAUGAGGAGCAACUUGAACUACAAAGUUGUUGGUACGGCUGUAGUAUGUACUGACAAUAGUUGAAGUUUACUGUUUUAACUUCUAAGACUGUUGAAUGCAAGUAAUUGAUAUAUUUAAUCUAAAUGAAUCUUUGUAAUGCCCCAAGGAAGGCUCAAGCCACAUCUGGGCCUAUACUCUAAAAGGACUAGUCAUUGAUACAAUUGUUGCCCCAUUGAAACUAUUAUAAAAAACAAGAAUUUCUCAUUCCCAAGCAAUGUGAGAUCUCAUACACCACCGACUCUUAUCAGUCAGUAUAAGAUAUCACAAUCUCUCCUCUUGAAUUCCCGACAUUCUCAUCGGACCAGUUCGUCAUAGGUGGCAUGGUUCAAGUCUCACAUUUCUGAUUGGGAUAGGCUUUGAUUUUAUUUCUCGAUUUGUGCAUGUCAUUCUUGCCCAGGGGCCAUGCUAAUCUUCUCUGUAUCGUUCUAAUUUUAUCAGAUGUCUCCAAACCCACAGGUCCCAGGAUCGAAAUCUGGCUCUGAUACCAUUAGUAACACUCCCAACUAUGGCCCAAGCCACUUCUGGGCCUAUACUCCAAAAGAACUAGUCAAUGAUACAAUUGUUGUCCC